GGUGAAAGCCCCAGUACAGCAGCAACAGCACAUGAUGGAGACGAUGAUGAGGAGGAGACCAUCUCUCUGGAUUCCAGAAGGCAUGAGGACCCAGAUGCUAUACAGUGGGAAAACCAGCCUGGCAACAUAAGCUCACAAGCUAUCAGAAAGUUGUAUGGCAACCACCUCCGGCGCCAAAUAGAACUGGCAGACAUAGACAUUCAGUACAAGAAGAAAAAGCUAGAAAAUCUUGCACUGGAGUCCGAAAUAAAAAAGAGGACAAUUAGGAAACUGGACCCUUGAAAAUAAAAAAAACUUGAGAGGGAGCUCCAAGAAGAUGACACAGCUCAAAAUAAAAAUUAGCAAUCAGUACAACCAAGUCAUCGUUAUAAGGCACCAGCCUCUUUUGCCCACCCCCCCAGCACCAGGUGUGGCCACUAGCCUAUAUGAAGGCCCAAAAUUGUGUGUUCCUUUCUGCUCUGACAAUGGCAUGCCCAUUCUUGCGAGAUGUGGUGGAUGAAGAAGCACUUGUGCUGAGGAGAGCCUUCAGGCGAGAAAGGGUCUUCAGGGACCGGUUGGACCCACUGGCCUUCCCUGAUGACCAUCUAUAUGAAAGAUACAGGUUUUCUGCAGAUGGCAUCAGGUAUCUAUGCAGACUACUGGGUCCCAGGAUUAAGCACCGCACUGCAUGGAGCCAUGCACUGGAGCAAAUGGUUUGUGUGGCCUUGCGCUUUUUUGCUAGUGGAGCCUUCCUGUACUCAGUGGGGGAUGCAGAACAGCUGAACAAGGCCACAAUUUGCUGCACAAUAAGGAGUGUGUGUCUGGCUAUCAAAGCAUUAGCAGAUGUCUUCAUCUCCUUCCCUGGCCACAGAAGACUCUGUGACAUGAAAGAGGAGUUCUAUAGGAUUGCAGGUUUCCCCAAUGUCAUUGGUGCAGUGGACUGCACACACAUAAGGAUAAAAGCCCCCUCAGGUGCCCAUGAGGCCGAUUUUGUGAAUAGGAAAUCCUUUCACAGCAUUAAUGUUCAGAUGGUCUGCAAUGCUGACUGUGUGAUCAGCAAUGUUGUGGCGAAAUGGCCUGGCUCAGUCCAUGACUCCAGAAUCUUUCGGGCCUCUGAAAUCUAUCAGUGCCUAUCACAAGGUGAAUUCUCUGGUGUGUUGCUGGGAGACCGGGGAUAUGGCUGCCAGCCUUUUCUCCUGACACCUUUCACAGACCCCCAGGAAGCACAGCAGGCCUACAACCAUGCCCAUGCCAGGACCAGGGCCAGAGUUGAAAUGACCUUUGGCCUCCUGAAGGCACGCUUUCACUGCCUUCACAAAUUAAGGGUCAACCCUGUUCGGGCAUGUGAUAUUACUGUGGCUUGUGCUGUCCUCCACAAUGUGGCCUGCCUGAGGAAGGAGAGGGCCCCCAGAGUGCCACCAGCCAUGGACUGGGACAAUCCGGCAAUCUUCCCUGAUGACGACAGUGGUCGGCUGCUGAGGGACCAAUAUGUGUUGAAUUAUUUUAGUUAGUAUGUGUGCUUCCAAUUUAGGUAAAAAAUGUCCUGCUGUGGCAGAGGAAAUAGGGUUUUUUUGGGUUGGUUUUUCUACGAAUUUGGCCUCUUAUGAUGUUUGUGCGGUAUACUGUGUGUAAUACAAGGCUGCAGGGAGGCUACUGCAUCCAUUCAUUUGUCUGUUCAGUUGAUGUGUAUGGAUUUGCCCUGCAUUUAUUUUAGUGUGCAGACAUGCAGGGUGUGUUAUAUACAUACCUUUGAAUGUGUAUGUAUCAUUUUGUAUAAUAUGCUUUGAUUCUGUGCUUUCCAUCUUGUAGAGUCACUGUGACUUCAGUUUCGAAAGGAGCUGAUAGUUUACCUGCUUUGUUUUGUCCUUAUUCAAUAAAGGAACAUAAUGUUACACAUUGUGUUUUUAUAUUCA